GUUGCAUUGGUCAAACCGCUGAGUUUCCUGCGCCCAUGCACAAGAGACCAGCAACAACCAGAAUGCCCCUUAGGCAACCAGCACAGUGACGGAAGGAUGGCUGGCAAGGUAGGCCCAAGGGCCAUGCAGGGCCGAGUCGGGCCGGACCCGGCCUGUCUGCAUAGUAGGGGCCGAAGGCUAGCAACCCGUCAGGGCCGGCCCAAGCCUCACCAGACAGGCCUUUCUCGGCCUGGGUCGGGCCGGCCCUGGCCCCGCCCUUGCCCAUGCCCGGCUGGCAUAGUGGGUGAGUGGAGACGGCAAUUGAUGCAAAUGCCACUUCUAGUGCGCUGCUGCGCUCACAGGUCUUGGAGGUCCGUGUGGCGAGACAGCGAUCCUAGAAAGGGCAGCUCCCCCGUGACUUCCGCCAAGGUGAUGAGUCGCCUGGGUUGGAGUGGGUAGGCGGUGAGGCAAGGGAGAGGCGAUGCAAUAGGAAAGGGUGGCCACAGAUGUUAGCACAUGCAUGGCGUUGGUGCACGGAUAGAGAAUACACUGAGGCGUGGCCGUAGUGUGAGGCAGUAACAACAGCUUGAGUAACAUUCCACACGAAUAAUAUGGGGAAUGCCAU